AUGGAUUACGAUUCUGUUUCAAAAAUAUAAGAAGAACUUGGAUAUUAUAAAAAAUAUUGUUAGUAGUUAGAGAAUUAAAAUGCCGCUUUAAAUUAAUAACUGUUCAAUAACAUAUAAGGAAAAGUCUUAACAAUUUAAGAUGGAAAUGCAAUUCAUUAGAAAUAACAAGAAAACAAUGCAAAUACUCAUAAAGAAUGUGAAUAAAGAUUAAAAUUAAUGGAAAGAUAAUUAAAGCAAAAGCUGAUGGAAGAAUAGUUAUGGCUAAAAAGAUUUGAGGCUUAAUUAAAUUAAAUAGUAGAAUUAAAAGUAUAAAAAGAUAUUAAUAAAAGGCAAUUCAUGCAUAAUACAAACAAGAGAAUGAACAAGAAAAUAUGAAAAAAACAAAAGAAAUAGAAAUAUUAAAAGAGGAAAUAGAACAUUAUAAAAAAUAAAUAGAAAUUUAUAAAUAAGAAACAAAUUCAUAAAUCUAUUUAGAAGAAAUAAAAGAAAUGAGAAAACAAUUAGAAGCCUCAGAAAUUAAAUUGGAAUGUUUAACUAAAGAAUUAAAAACAAAAGAUUAUUAAUUAUGUAAAUCAUAUAUCUAAAUUUAGAUCAAAAAUAAGGUAAUGUAAAAUAAUCUCUAUUAUCAUUCAAAUCAAAAUUUGAUAUAGAAUUGAAAAAUGAAAAUCUAAGUACUGAGCCAGAUAUUUCAAGCAAUAGUUUCUCAAAUAUAAUGCUCAGAGAUAUAUGA